AUGCCGAGGAGGCACAAAAUCGACUCAGCGCAUACCCACUGUAGCUUCCCCGAAAAUUUGAUGUGUUCGCUCUCUCUCUCGGUAUUAAUGACGCCUUUGCGUAUCCAUGCUGCCUCUUCGAAGGAGCAAACAACACUGGUGUCAAUUUCUACCUUUUCAACAAGCUUUGUAAAUUUUGUUUUCUCACUUUCGGAAGGGGUGAGCAACCGUAUGGCGUCGAAGGCCCACAGAAGCCUCGAAGGAAGGUUGCAGGAGAAUUGGUCUGAUCAUAAUCCUAUUCCUGCUGCCAUUCAAGACAAUCUAGGAAUAAGUAUCUAUCUGUUACGAAAUAUUAUCCCAACUGGUGCAUGGGGUAAACGGAAUGUCAAAGGAUUCCCAAGUUUGGUUCCAGUGGGUACGGUGGAUGUGGAUAGUCAACUACUGGUUGAGGCUGGCGACUAUUCGCAGGGUGUUCUUGCGAGAUACAGCAACUAG